UUUGCAGAUCUGCAAAGUUUCAGACGAUUUUCAGACGUUCUGUAAUCUCACCCUAAUAACCAAAUACUCAUAUAGAAACAGUUCAUAGAUGUUAGUGUUUUGUGGUUUUCAGUUAUCCAAUUUCCUGUUCCGUUCGUCAUUGACAAAUUGAUUUGACACUUUCCUUUAAAAAGCCGUCGUAAGGAAGUGAAGUUGACGAUUUUUAAAGCUUUACAAAUUUUCAAGAAUUGUAAAGAAUUUAUUAAUUAUUUCAACCAUUUUAUACUUUUAUAAUCUUGUAAAAUAUUUCCAAUAUUUUAUAGAUACAAAAAAGAACAUUCAGCAAAUCGUUAAACCAGCGCUUAUAAAUUUAGAAAUCAAUAGAAGCCUUACAACAGAAAAGCUGAUACAUGGCUGAGGAAAAGAGUAGAAAUGCUGAGGUAGAUAUUUCCCCAAACAGAGAUGGUAUACUUUUAAAAGAAAUAAUCCAGGAAGGUACAGGAGAUGCUCUGCCUCCGAAGGGCUCCAAAGUAACCGUUCACUAUACAGGCACUCUCUCUGAUGGAACCCAGUUUGAUUCAAGCAGGGAUAGAGAUGAGCCCUUCAAGUUUGUUUUAGGAAAAAAGAAUGUAAUAAAAGCAUGGGAUAUUGGGGUAGCAACAAUGAAAAAGGGGGAGAGGGCCAUUCUAACCAGUGCCUCUGAGUUUGCUUAUGGAGAAAAUGGUAGUCCCCCAAACAUUCCACCAAAUGCUACACUGAAAUUCGAUGUUGAAGUUAUAGAUUGGAUAAGCAAUGAUUUAAGUUCCAAUCAAGAUGAGGGUAAGGCUGAAGCAAAGAUUAAAAAUUUUGAGGUAGAUAUUUCCCCAAACAAAGACGGUAUACUUUUAAAAGAAAUAAUCCAGGAAGGUACAGGAGAUGCUCUCCCUCCGCAGGGCUCCAAAGUAACCGUUCAUUAUACUGGGACUCUUACUGAUGGAACCCAAUUUGAUUCCAGCAGGGAUAGAAAUGAGCCAUUUAAGUUUGAUUUAGGAAAAGGAAAUGUAAUAAAAGCAUGGGAUAUCGGGGUAGCAACAAUGAAAAAGGGGGAGAGGGCCAUCCUGACUAGUGCUUCUGAGUAUGCUUAUGGAGAAAAUGGCAGUCCCCCAAACAUUCCACCAAAUGCUACACUUAAAUUCGAUGUUGAAGUUAUAGAUUGGAUAGGCGAAGAUUUGAGUCCCAAUCAAGAUGGGGGUAUUGAAAGGAUCCAGGUAACUGCUGGAGAAGCAUAUUCAACUCCCAAUGAGGGGGCUCAAGUAGAUGCUCAUAUUGUCGGUAAAUAUGAAGACAAAAUAUUUGACGAAAGAGAUGUAUCAUUCACAGUAGGCGAAGGUUCUGAUGCUAACAUAAUCACAGGGCUUGAAAUUGCCAUUCAAAAAUUCAAAAAAGCCGAAACUUCCCGACUCAUCAUCAAGCCAAAAUAUGCUUUUGGAAAAUCCGGAUCUCAAGAGUUCAACAUUCCUCCCAACGCAACCGUCGAAUAUACAGUUACGCUGAAAAGCUUUGAAAAAAUGAAAGAGAGUUGGGCACUGGACUCUGCCGAUAAAAUUGAGCAGUCUAAACUUUUCAAAGAAAAAGGAACCAACUAUUUCAAGGCUGCGAAAUACGAAUUAGCUCUUAAAUUGUACAAAAGGAUUCAAUCUUACCUCGAAUCAGAUACAGAUACUGAUACUGAAGAAGAUAGAAAAUCUUUGUUGCUAGCCUCCCAUUUGAACAUAGCUCUGUGUCAAUUAAAACUCAAAGAAUACUUUGACGCUAAAUCAGCUGCUACCUCUGCCCUUAAGCUGGACCCUAACAAUGAGAAGGCUUUGUUCAGGCGCGGUCAGGCAUUCAUUCAAUUGGGAGAACCCGAAUUGGCCAGUCACGAUUUCACCAAGUGCCUAGAAAUUGAUCCAAACAACGCCGCUGCUAAAACCCAAUUGGCCAUUUGCACCAAGGCGCUUCAAGAGCAAUUGAAGAAGGAGAAGAAGAUCUACGCCAAUAUGUUUGAUAAGUUUGCUAAAAUGGAUACACAGAGAGAAGAAUUUGAACAAAGGAAACAACCAAACGUCAUGAGCUCGGUAGGCGAAUGGGGGCAAGAAGACAGAGAUAGGGAACCCAGUGAAUUCGAAAAAGAAAAUCCAGAUAUUUUGCUUUUGAAUAAGACAGGAGAAUUUAAGGAUAUGUAGAUCUUUUUUUAAUUAAAUGAAUAAGUAAU